CUGAAAGGUGGGAUUUCUGCUUAUAUUAUAAUAAAAAUGUCUACUGGUGAUCCUAUUCAGGGAGUCUAAAUUCAGCUUGAGUCUAGUGUUCAUUAUUGCUUUCCUGUAGGUGAUUGAAGAUAUCUAGCCAAAGGGGAACAGUAGGUGCUGGGAUUUAUGGGAACUUUAAAUGGGUAAAAAUAAUGGCUUACAUCAAAAUGUGUUUAGAUUCAUCCUGAUCUUAAAAUAUUUUUGAGACAUGGCAAGCUGUGGGAUGUUGAGAGUACAGGUGAGGUACGAAGACCUCUCCCUCCAGCCGCAGGACUCUUCCUAAUAAUGAUGGAAGUUAAAAUGAAUCAUUUAUGAGCAUCAGUAGACACAUGGGUGGGGCCUUUUUGUAAACUGGUAUUUUGUUGAUGCAAUAUGUGUGACAGCCUUUUAGUUCUGAAUAUAAAUGUUACUGAGAGGAAAUUAGGUUGGUUCACAGAGGAGAUCAGCCAGACCUUGCACUGCAUCUUGCUGAGGAGCAGGUACCUCCACCAGUUCUGUGCUUCAGAUACCAGUACAUGUAGAAGAAAAAUGGAAGUCAUUGAGCUGGGAGAAGUCGACCUGAAUUGUCCUUCCAACUGCCAGAUUCAUAAUACCCAUUUCUUUGGAACUGACAAACAGAUAAUAAGGAGAGGGCAAGCCUUCAGCUUCUAUGCUCGCUUCCAAAAUCGGGAAUGGGAUGACUCCGUGGACCAGGCUAUUUUCACCGUGGAGACAGGCCUCAGACCCUGUGAAUCAAAUGAGACAAAAUGUACCUUCCCAAUGGGCAGAUGUCUAGAUCAAACCUGCUGGAGUGCUUCCCACAAAGUUCAUCAGCCAAAAUGCAUCAAUAUCAGCGUGUUUCCUCCCUCCAAUGCCUGCAUUGGCCGUUAUAUUCUCAAUAUGCAAAUCACAUCUUGUGGUCACACCUAUCAGCGAUGUCUUGGAGAUUUUUAUGUCCUUUUUAACCCUUGGUGUGCAGAUGACCCUGUAUAUAUGGACAACCAGGCCCAUAGAGAAGAAUAUGUUCUGAAUGAACAUGGGAUAUUGUAUGAAGGAGUUCACAAGCAUAUUACCUCUCGACCAUGGCAUUUUGGACAGUUUGAAGAUGGGAUUCUGGAUAUCUGCUUGAAGAUCCUAGACAUGGGUGCAAGUUACCAUCAUGGCUCUGAUCGUGACCAUUGCUGGCGCAAUGAUCCUGUGCAUGUCAGCAUGGUGGUAAAUCAUAUGAUAAGCAGCCAUACCACUAACAGUAUCAUGAAGAUUCCAGAAAACAAUGAUUACCUGAAAGGAACAAAACCAUUCUCCUGGAAUGGAAGUGUCCCUAUUCUUCAGCAGUGGUACAAUGGCAGAUGCAGGCCGGUCAGAUAUGGGUACUGUGGGUCUCUUGCUUCAGUAAUGUGCACAGUGAUGAGGUGUUUGGGAAUUCCAAGCCGUGUUGUCACGAACUUCUGUUUUCCAUGCUCAAUUGAGAAUCCCCUUGGUAUCAAUGAGAUUUUUGAUUGUACUGGAAAAAACCUGUGUGGUAAAGACAAGCUAUGGCGAUAUCACUGCUGGAAUGAAUCUUGGAUGGCUCGCAGAGACCUAAAUCAAUGCUGUGGUGAUUGGCAGUGUCUGGAUCCAACACCUUUGGAAACGGGCAGAGGUUUAGCUUGCAGCGGUCCUACAUGGGUUCGAAGCAUCAGAGAAGGGGAACUGGACUUGGACUAUGAUGGUCAUCAUAUGUUUUCUCGAGUAAAUUCGAACUAUGUUGGCUGGCUUUCCCAAAACAAUGCCAAAAAAACUAAAUUUUUCUGCGACACUUGGCCAUGUGGACAACAUCUUAUCACCAAGAGUGUUGGCAGUGAGCAAUUCGAAGAUAUCACUGGGGCUUACAAGUAUGAACUAGGUUCUGUGAAAAACAAAGAAGCUUAUUACCGGGCUUACAGAAGAAUUCACCCAGGCUACUGCAAUGCUUCCAACUGUCAUAUUGAGAGAGAGUUAUCAUCCCUGAAAAACCCAUUUUUGAGUGACUCUGGUAUUAACAUGAGGUUGAAGAUGGCUAACUGCCCAAUGUAUGGUGAAGAUGUUCAACUGCAUUGGGUGCUUGAAAAUUUGCGUAGUGAAAACAAAAACCUGAAGUUUAAUUUGUGCGCACAAAUAAUAACCUAUAGUGGUUGCCCAAUGGAUCAAUUUUGGAAAGACAGUGUGAAUGUCACAUUAGGUCCAAGGGAAGUGAAAAAAAUUCCACUCUGUAUAUCGUAUAGUCAAUAUGGACCUUAUCUCUGUGAUCACAACAUUAUGAAAGUAGUUGCUGUCUCAGACCCAGAGUGUGGAGAAGUUCUGAUGGUGAGCAGGGAUAUUGUGAUCAACAGGCCACCUGUUAUUGUAAAGCUACUGAGCCAGCCCAGGCUGAAAGUACCAUGUACUGCAGAGAUCUCCUUCUGCAAUCCUCUCCAGGAAGAUAUGAAGAACUGUGUAAUGACAUUAGAAGGCUGUGGUUUAUUCAAAGAGCCAAUGACCAUUGAUUUGGGAACACUGGCAUCCAAUCAACAGGCGCGGACCAUCGUGGAGUUCACACCUUACAGGCUUGGCAGCCACCGUCUCCUGGCCAAUUUUGGAUGCCACAAGUUUGCCUAUUGCAAGGGAUGCACCAAGGCUGAAGUGUGUUGCCCCACCGGCCAGAAUGGCACCCUGCCCGUCAGCCAGAAUGGGUCGCUCCCCGUGUGUGAGAAUGGCUCCCUCCCCAUGAACAGCUCUGGGCCUGUCCCUGUGGCGGACCCUACGUUCAACUCCAUGUGUGAAUAUAUAUGUAUCCCAGUGUGCAACCCAAACUGCAGUGCCGGGGGCCAGCCUGUUUAUGACUUCGUGUACCUCCCUGCAGGCCAUCCCUUAUGCAACUCCAUCUGCAACCAAGGUUUCAAUCCAAGCGUCAAUCCUGGUUUUGACCUGGGAUGUGAUCCUGGCUUCCGUGUCAUAUGUGAGACUGUGCCUCCAGCUACAUGCACCUCAAUGCCUCCGACCGUGUAUGGCUCCAUGCCUGCCCCAACAUCCAACCCAGUGUGCCCCCCUAUGCCUCAUGUGGUGUUUGAGACGGGCCCUGCUCCCUCACACCAGCCUGGGGGUGGAGGGGGAUCAAUGUCCUACUCUGUCUCUGUCCCCGCCAAUAAUGCGGUGAGUGCCCUGCUGACACACUUCAUGGCUGGCUCCAGUCCUACUGUGGCAACCCAGGCAGUCCCUGCCCAUAUGUCUGCUCCGCCAUCCCACCCCGUGUGCUCACCAGUGGUCCACACCGUCGGCAGUCCAAUGCCAGCACCAGCUCCUGUUUCAGUGCCUGCUGCCUCCGUCUCACACGUCGUCUGUGGCUCCGCGCCCUCUCCCACCACCCAGGCUCCAUGUGGCCCAAUGGCCACUGUGUCCUCCCAACCCCUGAGCGCCCCAGUAGCCCAUGGCAUGUGCUCCCCAGGCCCUGGCCCAGCAGCUUCCCCAGUGCCCCGUUCUACCACCCGUAGCACCACCCCAACAGGGCUGCAGAUGGGGAGCACCCCGGUGGCCCACUCGCUGUACUCCGCAGCCCCCCGCCCCGUGGGACCCCCAGCAUCCCACUCGCUGUGCUCCCCGGCCUCCCGCCCAGUGGGGCCCCCGGCAGCCCACUCACUGUGCUCCCCCACCUCCGUCUCGCUGGGGGCCACAGGGGGCCGCCCCGCCAGCGUGCCUGCCGCUCGCCCCGAGGACUCAUCGGCAGCCUGCCUCCCAUGCUCCCCGGCGCCACGGCCCGUGGCAGCUGCCACAGCCCGCUCUCUCUACACCCCCACCUCUCGCUCGGCCUCACGGGUCAUGGGCACCGCAGGGUCUCGCUCAGUGUGCGGCCCUCAGUGGGGUCCCUCCUGUGACACCACCACUCGCUUGGGCUCCCAAUCCACGUGGGGACCAACCUCCCGCUCAGCAUGGAGCCUCGUGGGGCACUCGGGCUACUCCCACUUGUCCCGCACUGCCUAUGGUGCACUCACGCGCCCUCCAUACAGCUCCCUGUCCCGCUCCUCCUACAACACCUUGUCCCGCUCUGCCUACACCACCCUACCCCGCUCCACCUCUGCCUAUGCAACCCUGCCCCGCUCGGGGUCGCGCUCCUCUGGCAGCACACUGCCCCAGGUGGGGUCCCGCACGCCCUGGAGCCCUGAGAGGAGCAGUCUCACCUACUUCAAACGCAAAUACCUGUAAUGGAGAGAAACCAGGGGAAAAGCCAAAGCCAGUGAAUUAAAGCCUGUGUGCAGAUGCUUUGAAAGAGGUUAGAAAUAGGGUGAUGGAGAGCAGCGUGUGUAGUCCUGAGUAUUUAUCCACGCAUUUGAGAUGUGCCAGAAAGCAGGCUGCUAACCGACUGCUGAGGGAUGCAUUUGAUGUAAUACUUGUAUGUCUUGAGACGGUAUGGUGGAAGUGACAAAUGAACAUGCUCCCUGUGGAGCCAUGGUGACAAUAGUUGCACAGUGCAGGUAAUCAGACUUACUUGCUUGGUCAAGCUGUUUUAUAAAUGAUGUGCUUUCACUCUCUCUUCUCUUGAUUUCUUGCAAUGUGUAUUUCUCACAUCUCCCUAGGCUACAGCACUCAGUUGCAAAUCUCUCUCCCUGCAUAAAAUGUGCUGUCCUUGGGAUGCUGCAAAGAGGUGGCAGCAGACCUCCUUACAUCUUGUCUAACAGACACGGGGCCUCUGAGGCCCGGUAUUGUGGCUCAGGUCAGUUCUGCAUGCACUCAUAUUUUCUUAGUUAGGAGGCAAUGAAAACUGUGGAGGUCAUGGAGUAAUUAAAUUGUUACAAAUCAACUGAAGAGGUU